UAUUAAGAUAAUUCUUUUGUAGAGUUUUCCAUCUGAUGAAGGUUGGCCAUUUGCAAAAUAUCUUGGAGCUUGUGGAAGAAUGGUGGCUGUAAAUUAUGUUGGAGAAGAACUGUGGAGUUAUUUUAAUGCACCAUGGGAGAAAAGAGUUGACCUUGCUUGGCAGUUAAUGGAGAUAGCAGAGCAGCUUACAAACAAUGACUUUGAAUUUGCACUCUACCUCCUGGACGUCAGCUUUGACAACUUUGCAGUUGGUCCAAGAGAUGGGAAAGUAAUCAUUGUGGAUGCCGAAAAUGUUUUAGUUGCCGACAAAAGAUUAAUUAGACAAAAUAAGCCUGAGAAUUGGGACGUAUGGUAUGAAAGCAAGUUUGACGAUUGUGACAAGGAAGCUUGCUUAUCAUUUUCAAAAGAAAUCCUCUGUGCUCGUGUCACUGUGGACCACAAUUACUAUGCCGUUUGUCAAAACCUCUUAUCCAGACAUGCCACCUGGCGUGGCACUUCUGGAGGACUCCUCCAUGAUCCACCAAGUGAAAUUGCCAAAGAUGGCCGACUGGAGGCCUUGCUGGAUGAGUGCACCAACCCCAAGAAGCGCUAUGGCCGGUUCCAGGCCGCGAAAGAACUGCGUGGCUAUCUGGCACAGUUAAGUCACAACGUGAGGUAGUCAGCAGUGAUCUUUAACUUUUCUUUGCUGAAAAAGCACUGGCAAAACUAAACCACCAAAAAACUGCCUAGAAUAAACAAAGUGUGGAAGUAUGGCCUCGAGAAUGGUGAACUUCUUCUGAUAGAUCUUACGUUAACACCCAUCAAAUCAGACAUUACUGUACAUCAGCGUUCUCACGAUGCUUCUGCAAGUCUGUUCUUCACUUUGGAGAUUGAGAUACCAUUGACUGCUUUCCCCUUCCCAUACCCGAGUGGAUGGCAUUGUUAAGCUAUUGGAAAGGAGUCUGAUAGUUACAUGGCUUGUGUAUCAAAGGGUACUUGGUACUUAGUUUGCAUUUCUACCAUGAUUUUGUGAAUCUCUUGCAUUUACUUUGAAUGUCAAAUUAGAUUGGCCUGUUUUAUAGGCCACAUUUUCCUUCUGAUGUGUAAAAUCAUUUUCCAUUUUUUAAAAGUUUUACGUACCCAGGUUACUAUAGGUGUUCAUUUAAAUUUUAAUAUAAGUAGUUUUCAUUCCGUGCUAUGCGGUACAUACUUAACUGUUAGGGCAGGACUCCCAGGUUUACUGUUUUUACAGAGAUCUUAGUAUUUCAUUAUGUAAAUAAUUUACCUCUCCCCAACCUUCUAUGCUUUACCACUGCAUGAUAACAUCAUUUCAGGUUAUUUAAGAGUUAACUCCCUCAAUGCCAGUAAUUACAAGUAUACACUGAACAUGAUGUUCAGCAUAUGCUACAAGACGUCACUGCAUCCUUUGCUAAAAGGCUUCGAGAAUAAUACACUAGCAGUCUACACUUUGAUCACUUUGAUUGAAGAAACAAUAAAAGUCAAGGUUUCUAAAUGCUAACUAGUCCAAGAUAGUAAUGCAUAUGCCAAAGAAAUAUUAGACACAUUUCUAUGUUUAGAACUGAAAAUAGAAUUGGUCACCUUCGUAUCCCACUUCAGUAUUUUAGCUGUCACUCGUAAAUUAAGAUCUACCUGUCCCUUUAAUGCUGACAGUUGAGCUACUGCUUAUUAAAAAACUGUAUAUCGUAAAGACCUUCUACCUUUUAUUCAUUGGUAGUUUCUCCAAAAUGAACAUGGUAACCAUUGUUGGAAUUCAAUUAGGCAUCAGAACCUUUUACUGACUGAUACACUAAUAAUUUUUACUGUAAAGCUUGUGUGCCCAUUGUGAUCUUCUUUACUCAGUUGCUAAAUAUCAGAACAUCAAAUUUAAAUGUGUGAGUAGAAAAAUUAACAAAUAACGUGUAAAAUUUUUGUCUAUUUAAAAACUGUUCUUUGUAAAAGUUGGCUCUAACUAGCACAGGUAAUAUUUUUCUGUUUGAAGUUGUUUCUUUUGUUUGCAGUAAAGUUUGGGGUAGUGGGUUCCAGCCUGACUUACUGAAAUCAGAAAGCGAUUAAAACAUGCACAACCAAAGCCAAGCUUGUCCUUCUCAUUCAUUUAGCAACUAUUUAUUGUUCCUCAAGCCAGGUGCACUUGUAGCUGCUAUACACCAUCUGAACAUGACAUGGUCAAGAAACGUAUCGAAUAUGUUAGCAUAGGUACUUCUUAAGUUGAAAUGCCAUUAUUUAGGAUAAAAUUUCAUGUUGUUUGAUUAUUGUGAUGGGAAUUCUCUUUGUACCAUCUUAAAUUAGUUUGUUAAUCCAAAGUGGAGGAAGACAGCAAUAAAGUUAAUGCAAGUUUAAAACUGGGAAGACGGAGGGUAAGGGAUGUCUAUUAUAAAACAGAUUAUUACAUUGUAUUUCUUCUUAUACAUCCGUACAUUGCAUAGUUCUCAAUGAAACAUUGAAGAGCUUGCUAAGCUAACUUUUUACAAAUUCCAACAAAUUUUGAAGGGAGUAGGAAAAAAGUCAUCCAAGUCUUUUGCAUCCUUAGAGCUAACACUAAAGUAUAGAAUUUCAAAACAGAACAGCAUUCUAUUUUCCACCUACUCAUAACAUGGAGGUUGGAACUCACAGGAGAGCCGUCUGUGGUUCCACAAACAUCAUCAUAUUUUUGGUGAGUGACUGUGGUUGUGGUUACAGAGCAAGAAGUCAAGAAGCCCUCCAGGCAGUGAUGGCUAUUUCAGGUAUAACUACCAUUAGAGAUGAUGUGGGAUUUCUUUUAUCUUUGGGGAAGUUUUGAGAAGAUAGUCAAAGAAUUAGGAAUUUAAAAUUACAGGGAAAAAUAUGUAUGUGAAAAGCAAUAAAUAUUUUGUUCUCUUUGCUAUCAAGAUGUUCACACUCAGAUAUUUAUUAUACAGCAGCAAUUUAUAUUUUUAAUCAUUGCCCAUUAAUAGACGCAGUAAAAUAUUUUUGAAUCAAAACAUUUGGGGUUUGUAUGUGCAUUUAAAUUGUCUUUUGUACUGUAUGUUACUGUUUAAUUUGAAUAUUUUAUCAGAACUGUCUCCCUGUGCCUUUAUAAUAUAAAGUUGUUUCUGCAACUUUUAAUGAUCUUAAUAAAGAAUACUUUAAGAACCAUA